UUUUGUUUGUUCAGUGACAUCAUCAGGAAGGUUUGUGAGCGGCUGCAAUGAACUUCUGGUGCAAUAAAGCUAUUUUGCUUUCGUAUGUUCUGGUUUAUACUUGAAGAGUGACACUCUUAAGUACUUAAUUUGGUUUCAUAAUGUACGUUACGUACACAUUAAUUAACUUCCCGAGUGGUGAAUAGUGAAGUGAAUCCUGUUUCAUUUAAUUCGAGCUCCGCUUUCCUGUAACGGAAAUUUAACGUGGUUACGAAACGUAAUGUGUUUCCGGAUAAAUGCUUUACUGAUUGAAACAUGCAACAGAAAGCACAUACAAUUGUAAGCAAAUAAUUCUUAUGUAUGCAUGAUUGAACUUUUUUGAGCGCACAUUUCGAAUUUGGCGGUGAAAAUGGCGAAGUCAAAUUUUGUUGAUGGAAUAUGUUUGAACAUGGAACACGACGGUCUUUUAAGUGUGCCCGAAGAACGUCUGGUAAAGCUUAUUAAGAAGGAACCAAUUUCCAACGUUUAUCAUGUGGAGCAAACGCCAUUCGCCAGAGGAAAGUUUGCGGCUGUCCGGAAAUGCACACACAAGGAAACUGGCGUGGAGUAUGCAGCCAAGUUCAUCCGCAAACGACGCCGUGCGACGGAUCAGCGUCAGGACAUAAUACAUGAGGUAGCGGUUCUGAAAAUUGCCGCCGACAGCGCUCGAAUUGUUCAACUAAAUGAAGUUUAUGAGACUUCAACGGAGAUGGCGCUUAUACUAGAACUAGCUGCAGGUGGUGAACUGCAAAGGGUGCUUGAUGCUGAAGAAGGGCUACAAGAGCAGCAUGCAGCCAGAGUCAUGAGACAGAUACUUGAAGGCCUCAGUUACUUACACAAGAAUAACAUUGCACAUCUUGAUCUUAAGCCACAAAACUUGCUCCUUACUGGUGCAUAUCCAGACUGUGAUAUUAAACUGUGUGACUUUGGGAUUUCAAGGGUUAUCCAGAAUGGAGUUGAAGUACGAGAAAUUUUGGGGACACCAGAUUAUGUUGCACCUGAAAUACUGAGCUAUGAACCAAUCAGCCUUGCCACUGAUAUCUGGUCUGUGGGUGUACUGGCAUAUGUACUUCUGUCUGGCUAUUCACCAUUUGCUGGAGAUAACAAACAAGAGACAUUCUGUAACAUUUCCCAAUGCUGCCUUAGCUUUCCUGAUGAACUAUUCGAUGGAGUGUCUUCUAAUGCCAAGGACUUCAUUCAGGCCACUUUAGUGAAGGAUCCUAGUAAUCGCCUUACCUCUCACCAGUGCUUGGAACACCCGUGGUUGUCAGGGACACUCUGUGUAUUUGACAGAUUUCCAAGUACAUGCCAAGCCAACACAGAGCUUACAGUUUCUUCAAGCAGUCCUAGAAGCAGCAGAUCAUAUCAUCCAGAAAGUAGUGAUGUAAAGAGUCCAGUAGCAAAUGGAUCAAUACAGUGCCAUAGUUUAGAAACAAGCAGAGUAAGUGGAACAGACUGCUCCCUUGGUUUGUCAAAAGGUUGUAGAUAUGAGAAGGAUGGAGUUUACAAUUCAGACAACAAGGGUACUUCUCCCAUGUUUAAUAUUCAGAAUUAUGGCACAAAUAUCGCUGAUGGAGAUCACAAGGCUGACAGUGAAGAAAGUGAAGAGCUCCCAGUUCAGAAACGCCCAAAGAAUUCUUCUGAAGAUAGGCGAUCAUCUGUAUAUCCUGUAGGACCAUGUGUAUCAUGUGCCCAGUGUGGAGCUCAGUGCUGCCAUCUCCACACAUCAACACCAGAACUCUUACGCAUAACUCGACAACAUCGCCAUUCCAGCAUCAAGAAUUCACCAGUCGAAAUAAUUGUGGACAGAGGAAUCACAUGCUAGACAUUAGCAGCAAUCAGUAUGAACACACUGAAGAGAAAUUAUUUUGAUUGCAGGAGACAGCUUUGCUGGUAAAUGCUGUCCUGCUCCUUUAAUUCAUGAACCGGUGUCACAGGUUGCAUUAGAAGGAUAUGGAAUAUCUUUCUUGCCCAACCCCUCAAUUAAUUUUUAUGAAUGUAGACAUUGCUACAAGAACUGAACAAAUUCCAGCUUAUAACAGUUACUUGGACAUAUCUUUUUGGAAACCAAGGAAAAUGCAGACUUGCAAAGAAAUCACAGCUGGAGCAUAUGAGCAUUAUAAUGUCUUUAUGAAAGUGACAGCACUUUAUGUAGCAUACAUGUGAAUAUAGUUUCUAGUAAUAAACAUAGUUGGAGAUGA